AUGACUGACGACUUGCGCAACGGCCAUGGCAUUCCUCUACUGCAGGUCAUGGCUCCUUCGGUCCAACACGCCUUCGAGACGCCGUCCAAACGCAUCAACGAUGGCGACGACCUCUCUUUCUUCUUGCGAAGCUCUGCCUACGCCGACAUCAUGACCUGGGUCCUUCAAUUGAAUCGCUCUAUGAUUCCUAUCAAACAUGCGAGCGACCCAAGCCUUGUAGACACAUGGCCGUUGCAGUCCAAGAACAUAACCAUUUCACCCGACGUGGCCAAGCUGAGUCAACUCAUCGGCGCACUCGAUGCUCUCAUGGACAAAGCACCUCCAGAGUCUGGCCCUCGGAGGUUUGGCAACGCAGCUUUUCGUACCUGGCACAAGGCUGUUCGAGACGCCACUCCAUCUCUUUUGCGAAACGCCCUCUCGAACAAGCUGUGGGGCCGUGCUCGGGACGACGCCGAGCUGAAUGUACUAAAUUCCGAAUUGGCUGCAUACCUUCUGGGUAGUUUUGGAAGUCCCGAAAGACUUGACUAUGGUACAGGCCAUGAGCUUAGCUUCCUUGCCUUCUUAGCCUGUGUCUGGAAGCUGGGUGGCUUCGCCCAUGCCGAUCCGGGCGUCCAAGAAAGAGCCAUUGCCACAGCCAUUAUACAACCAUAUCUAGACCUUGUCCGCAAACUCAUCCUGACCUAUUCUCUUGAGCCUGCUGGAUCCCAUGGAGUCUGGGGCCUUGACGAUCAUUCGUUCAUACCGUAUAUCCUAGGUUCUGCUCAAUACUGUGCACCUAUCGACGUCGACUCGACCAAGAUUCCUAAUGAAGGCUCGCUCAAAAAUUCGCCGUCGCCAAACAGGACUGCAAAGAGCGACUCGGCCGCAAUAUACAGAGACACCAACAUGUACUUCUCUGCCAUUGCUUUCAUCUUCGAUGUCAAGAAGGGCCCCUUCUGGGAGCACAGUCCUACCUUGUUCGACAUAUCCGGUAUCAAGGACGGCUGGGCCAAGAUUAACAAGGGGAUGAUUAAGAUGUACAAUGCCGAAGUCCUCUCCAAGUUUCCAGUCGUUCAGCACUUCCCUCUUGGUUCUCUCUUUCGAUGGGAGCAAGAUCCGAGUGCUCCGAUGCCUGUCACGUCUGCUCACAUGGGAUCCCAACCCAAGCCAAUGAAACCGCCCAGCACGACCAACAUGGACUCUUCCCAGCCAUCAGCUAGGGCUCCGUGGUCGGGUGCAGCACCAUCAAUGUCGGCAACACCUAUGACGGGCGCACCAUGGGCAGCAAAUGGGCCACCGUCUUCAGUGAAUGUCACGAGAGCACCAUGGUCAAAAGCCCCGCCAGGUUUCAAUCGACCAGGAUGA